AUGUCUCGCCUUUACACCCGCAACUCGCGGGGUCGCCAGCCAAUGCUGGGUUCCACCAUCAAACUAUCCAAGUCAAAAGAACGCCCCAACGAUACAUAUCAACCGAAGCAGAAGAGGGGAAGACCUGCUCGCAAGUACACGGUGACAAAGAAAACAUCUGGCAAAAGGAAAAAAGCAGACAUCUCAUCCUCGGAAGGGGAUCUCUCGUCCGCCUACGGGUCUGAGACUGCGGAUGAUGCCUCGGACGAAGACAGUGAGGAUGAAGCCGAUGAUGAAGACGAAAUGCCAGCUGUAAAAGCCCCGUCUCGUUCUCGAAGGUUGAAUGGGGCGGGGCCAAAGUAUCAAUCCAUCUCACGGGACAAUGUGUCCCUUGCUAGCAGCUCCGACAGCAUGUUUGGGGAUUUUGACGACUACUAUGAGGACGACGAAGACCCCACCCUCUCCCCCGAAGAGAAUAGAAAGCGGUUUGAAGAAAAGGUCUUCGCAGAGUCAGACGAUGACAAUGACCUCUAUCUGGCUGUCGAUGACAUUAGUGAUUCCGAGGACGAUGUGGAUGGAGAGCAACUCCAAGAGCAAGAAUUGCUCGCCAUGCUGUCUGAAGAAGGCCAGAGCGAUGCCGACUUCCUUCUCAAUCAGAUUGAUGGUCUGUCCGCCUACGGGUUUGGAGACGAAAGUGAGGGUUCCAUCUACCGCUUUCCCUCCUCACAGGGUAGUGACAGUGCCACUGAAACUGCUCCUGAGAAACGGGUGCAUUUCGCCACGGACGCCGACCCAACCAUUUUCUUGCGCAUGUCAGCGUCGCCAACAAUCACUCGUGCCCUACUGCCCUCAGCACUACCGGACUCUGGAUUCUCGCACCACGGUGCUGACAGACGCGUUGGCGGGCUGGUUGAUGAUCUCGAUGAUUCUGAUCUGACCGACGAUUGUCUGCCAGAGGAGGCACUUCAAAGCACCCCCCAUACGGCCGUUGAAGAGAAAGAAAUGUCGCCCUCGGCGUCUCCGCCGCCCAAGAAAUCGGGCAAGAAGCCAGCUCGACGUCGAGGGCCUCCUCGCGGCAUCUUUAUCGAUGAAGGUGACAAGCCCUCUGGCAUCCUCGAUCAUUCGGGCAAGAUCAUUCUCAUGACCAAUCCUCACUUGCUCGGUGAGGAGUUCGCUCGUCGCUAUGGCGCAUCCCAAACAUCCAGUCCAGACGUGGGCUUUGCCGAGCUCAUCGAGGAGAGCGAUGCGGGUGAUCGUGACUCCAAUGAUCUGCUCGCCGGCCCCGGCGCAGACAUCAUGCUUGCCAGCUUCAAUUCGGCGAUCAAUGACCCGUUCAAUCAGGGGCAGGCUGUUGGCCCCUUGGAGGCGUUUUACCCUACCAAUGGUUUCUUUUUCGAUGAUUUUACAGUUGACCAUGGUGACCUAGCCGGCGACUGCCAAACAGAUGGGCUUGGGGAAGAUGUGAUCAGUCUCACCGAUGUGAUACAAUUCGACAGCGGCUCCGAAGACACUGAUGGUCCCACGUCACCCAUCUUCGUGCCUCCCAAUCACGAGCUUUUGAGCAAUGAUUUCGCUCAUCUCAACAAUGGGAAUGUGACGGCGUUCCGGCGCAACGCCGAUCCAGCCUUUGCGGCCAUGAGUCAAUUGCCAUCGUACCUGGACAUGGAUUACUUGAGUUCGCCUCUGGCAACACCAGCACCCUCCCGCCGCAGGAGGAAGAAUCAUGUCUCGCCGUACACCUCAUCCCACUACAAAGGGGUGACGCCUGUCCAGCGGAUGCGCGAUCCUAAUCAUGGACGAGCUUCUGAUCCUGUGACUCCUGCGAAGAAAAAGCGCAGGCUUAUGACCUGA